AUGGACGAGAAGCCUCAGUUCUUCCAGUAUCCAGAGGCCCGACCGGGUCCCGCUGUGCCGUACAAGAACGAGGAGCAGGUGAUCCCCGUCAUCCGUGGCUUUCCCUUGGCCCUCGGCGCCACUCUUGUUCAAAAUAUCGGCUUUAUCCAGAGCCAUCUCUGGGGGACCACUGGCUUCGAUGUCAUCCGCAACCUCCCUCUCGACCAAUACUCCGCCCGCUAUGAUCCGACCGUGAUCCCCGUAGCCAGACCUGAUGCUUCGGCUGCCGACUUGCCAGUUCCCACGCAAAAGCGACAAAGCAAUGCAGGAUACUACACUUCUGCCGACUAUGUAGCUCGCUAUACUUCGGGCGAGUUGACUCCCCUUGCCGUCGUCGAGACCCUGCUCCCUCUGAUCCGCCGCGAUGCCAAACCACCCGGCAAGCACUCGAUCGCCUUUCUUGAAUCGCAAGUCGACAAGAUUCGCGCCGCAGCAGAGGCUUCUACACAGAGAUACAAAGAUGGCAAGCCACUGGGUCCAAUGGAUGGCAUCCCCGUCGCAAUUAAGGAUGAAGUACAUAUGGAAGGAUACCGACGGACCCUGGGCAGCAAACUCGACUUCACCGGCGAGUUUAGAGGCACCUCUUGGUGUGUGAAGCAAUGGGAGGAAGCCGGUGCCAUUGUCAUUGGCAAAACCAUCAUGCACGAGUUGGGUCUAGACACCACAAACAACAACCCAAAUUUCGGUACCCCCAGAAACCCCCAUAACCCCGACUAUUACUGUGGCGGCUCCUCUGGAGGCUCUGGCUACGCUGUCGGCGCAGGCCUAGUCCCUAUCGCUCUAGGCGCCGACGGCGGAGGCUCAAUCCGCAUCCCGGCCUCCUUCUGCGGCGUCUGGGGACUGAAGCCCUCCCAUGGCCGAGUGAGCGGCUCUCCCACCGUCUCACUGGCAUCCACCACCGGCGUCUACGGCCCCCUAGCCUCCAGCAUCGACGACCUAGCCCUCGCCUACCGAAUCAUGGCCACGCCGGCCCCAGAAUCCUCAGACCCCCUAUCAGCAGCCUUCCCCUCACCCCUCCGCACCCUCCCCUCCCCAACCAACAACACCCCAAGAACCAUCGGCAUCGUACGCGACUGGAUCGACCGCGCCUCGCCUCCAGUCCGCGCCGUCUUCAACGCCACCCUCGACCACUACCGCACGCUUAAGAACUACACCAUAAUCGACAUCACGAUCCCCUACCUCCCCGAGGGGCAAAAAGCGCACGCUCUAACCAUCCUAUCCGAAGUGACCUCGUCCCUCACCCCUUCACAGAUCUCCCAGCUCACGCCCGCCAACAAAAUCAUGGCUUCAAUGGGCAUGUGGCAAAUCAAAGGCCAGGAUUUCCUCGCCGCGCAACGUCUCCGUAAUUGUCUCAUGAUGCAUCUGGCUCACUUGUUCCAGAAACACCCUGGCUUGAUGAUCGUCACGCCGACGACGCCUAUCCCGGGGUGGAAGAUCGAGGGCGGCGAGGCGGAUCUUAAGCGCGGCGUGUCGGAUGGGAAUACGACCGUUAGGAAUAUGGAGUAUGUCUGGUUGGCGAAUUUCACGGGUUGUCCGGCGAUUAGUUGUCCUGCUGGGUAUGAUGUUUUGGAUGGUGGGUCGAGGGUGCCGGUGGGGGUUAUGGCGAUGGGAGAGUGGGGGAGUGAGGAGGAGUUGAUUGCGUUCGCGAGGGAUGGGGAGGGUGUUUUGGAUGGGACUGCUGCUGCUGAUGGUAUGGAGCAGAGCUCGGGGUUGACGGUUCCUCGGGGGGAAAGGGCGGCUUGGGAGGAUGUUAUUGCUAAAGCUGGGGAGAGAAGAUGA